UCCCAAGCUCGCCGCGCUGCCCCGUCGUCUUCCAAUGUCCUGCUUCCCGGUGGCCGCCCAGGAUCCGUCUCUUUCGGGAAGGAGGCGAUGAGCGCAGAUCUGGACCGCCUGUCAGUGGCUUCCUGCACCUCCAGCGCCUCUUCCUCGCCUUUCAACUCCUUCGACGGCGGUGGCAAGGGGGCUGCGGGACAGCCCGGGUCCAAGACAGGGGCCCCCGGGGCCGGAAUCCGGCUGCUGUCGGUCAACGUGCGGAAGCUGCACGGGGCGCUCAACCUGCUGCUGACCGAAGCUGAGCGCGAGCAAUUCAUCCACUGCCUCAACGUCUAUCACUGCCGGCGGAAUGUCUACGACUUAGUGCAGACGCUGAAAGUCCUGCUGGACAGUCCGGAGAAGAGGCAGCUGCUGCCCAUGCUGCGCCUCGUCAUUCCCCGCUCGGAUCAGCUCCUCUUCGACCAGUACACCUCGGAGGGGCUUUACUUAAAAGCGGACUUCUUGCCCCCCGCUGGGGCAAGGUACGAUGGCGCCGGCUCCUCCAGAGUCCGGCCUCCGCCCGGCGCCGCCGCCGCCGCCGCCCGCUUUCCCCCUCCUACCCCGGCUGCCCCUCCCUCGGACUCGGCGUCCCGCUUGGAGGACCUGCGGGGAGAGGUCAGGCAGGUGACCCUGAAGAGACAAAAAGCCCAGGAGGGCUUGGGCUUCAGCAUCCGAGGGGGCUCCGAGCACGGGGUUGGCAUCUACGUCUCCCUGGUGGAGCCUGGCUCCUUGGCAGAGAAAGAGGGCCUGCGGGUGGGAGACCAGAUCCUGAAGGUCAAUGACAAGCCACUGGACAAGGUGACUCAUGCUGAAGCUGUCAAGGCACUCAAGGGGUCCAAAAAGCUGAACCUGGUUGUCCAUUUGGCGGGUCGUAUCCCAGGCGGCUACCGAACCAACCACAUCUACACCUGGGUGGACCCCCAAGGCCGGAGUGUCUCUCCCCCAGUAGGUCUGGUUCAGCAUCAGAGCAGCUCUCUGUGCAAGCCGAGUGAGAAAAGAAGUCACCUCCAACUUCUGCAGGAAGGGGAUGAGAAAAAGGUCAACCUCAUGUUGGAUGAAGGGCGGUCGCUGGGCCUCAUGAUUCGAGGGGGAUCCGAAUAUGCCCUCGGGAUUUACAUCACGGGUGUAGAUGAGGGCUCUGAAGCAGAAAACACUAGUCUGAAGGUUGGAGACCAGAUUCUGGAGGUGAAUGGACGAAGCUUCCUCAACAUUUCCCACGAUGAGGCAGUGAAACUCCUGAAGUCAUCCCGUCAUCUCAUAAUGACCGUCAAAGAUGUGGGGAGGCUACCUCAUGCUCGGGCAACUGUGGAUGAGACCAAGUGGAUAAACAGCUCCCAGAUUGGAGAGACGAUGGUCAAUUCAGCAGGGGCCUCUGGAGAUCCCAUGAGAGAGAUGACACCAAAGCCAUCAUUCUAUAAAGGCCUUGCCGGGUCUCAGGUGACAUUGAGUAGCCUGGUGAACCAACACCGUGUGAUGCUGGAGGAACAUGCACGCCACCUCCUCAAUGAGCCCGAGAGAACCACCAUGGUGUACUACCUGGAUGAAUACAAGGAAAACAACAUCUCAGUUGAUUCCCUUGUCAUGGCUCUCUUUGAACUGCUCAACACCCCCGCCAAGUUCUCCCUCUUGUCAGAGGUCAGAGGGGUGAUAUCUCCACAAGAUCUCGACCCUUUUGACAACCUGGUUCUUAAGAGGGAAAUAGAAUUCAUGAAGGCCCGGCAGCCCUCGGGGACAGGGACGGGGACAGGAACGGACUCUUUCUCCAUGACGUCCUACAGCGAUUCUGCCUUGUCCGCUGAAAGCCAUUUCACGUCCACCACAGUUAGUUCAGCUCGGGAGAGACUCUUGUGGCUGAUUGAUUUGAUGGAGAACUCUUCAGAUGGGGGUAGGAGUGGAAGCCAAACCAGGGUCAAUGCCUUACCUGACGUCUCCCUGGAUGAUGUCUCCUCUUUCCACGGAGAACUUCCAGCUUUCAGAGCCUCACCUCCUGCCCCCUCCUCUCAGACCCUGCCAGACCUUUCAGACCAACCGCACAAAAAUGUUUUGGGGUCUUCUGAAUCCUCCCAGUCAGGCCUGUUCUUCCUGGCUCCCCAGAGCCCCAUGCCAUCUUCCAGCCUCUCUGAGAAGGAUACCAGCAGCCUUGCCUCUGCCUCUUCCAUGGAGGACUCCGUCUCCAGCACCAUCUAUGCUUCAGUCUCUCCAGCUACUCGCACUUCUAGGAAGCCCAUGGAGGCCCGUUUGCUGCUGAUCAACCAGCCCCCAAUUGGGCCCUUCCCUCGGAUCCAGUCGCCCACUCGGUUGAAACACUCCUCCCCCGAGACUGUUGGCGCAUCCUCAAGCCUCCAUUCCCCUUCCCCUCCACCCCCUCCCACCCACCCAGUUCCUUCCCCUCCCAGGGAGAAGGGCGGUUUUGAAGUGGGGACCCAGCACUUUAUCAUGGUGGAAGUUCAUCGGACGAAUGGAGAACCGGAUGUGAAUGAAGUCAAGCCACUGCCUCAAGCCAGAGCUUGUCUCUCACCGUUUCCCAUCCCAGCAUCCACGCUGUCCCAGCUUUCAGACAGCGGGCAGACCCUCAGUGAGGACAGCGGCGUUGAUCUUGGAGAAGCGGAGCUUGGCACCAAAGAGAGGAAUCAGCUGUUGCAGGGCCCACCACGAAGCCCACAGGAGGUCCCCAGAGUGGGUGGAGCAGUAGAGGCAGGACCCAAGCCGCCAGGACUUCUGGAGCCGACUUCCCAUCUAAUCCGGGUGUCGAAGAGUGCACCGACCCUGGGCAUAGCCAUUGAAGGGGGAGCAAACACUCGGCAGCCACUGCCUCGAAUUGUCACCAUCCAGAAGGGCGGUUCGGCUCACAACUGCGGGAAGUUGAAGGUGGGUCAAGUGAUCCUGGAAGUGAAUGGCACGGCCCUCCGUGGGAAGGAGCACCGCGAAGCAGCUCGCAUCAUCGCCGAGGCUUUCAAAACGAAGGACAGGGACUAUGUUGAUUUCCUUGUCACGGAAUUCAACGUGGCACUUUAGGGAUGGGGCAAGUGGAAGGCCCCAAAGCCAAAUGACAAAGAGGAGGAGGGAAAGA